AGCUUAGGUUGGCAAAGCUGCAUCUGAACAAAACCACAAGACUUCUGGAACGAUGUCCUGUACACAGACCGAAGUGGAGACGAAUGCACAGCAGCAUCUUUGGAACGAAGCACGGUAGUGGAAGACUGAUGGUCCCACUUAAUACUAGUUUUUUUUAUAACUACAUUCUUAUUUGUAAAUUGUAAGAACAGAAAAAGAUUAUACUUUAUUCUUUUAUGACAUGAUAAACCUCACAUCCGUAGUCUGAUCAAACCAGGACAAGACUAACACCUGGAACAUUAAUGACACCACAGUGAUGCAGAUACAGGUUUUUCUAAGCUGCGUUUAGACUUAAAUGUGCUGCUCAGAUGUGUCGCAGCAUCUGCACAGGAAAUGUUUCAUCUGCUAAAGUCUCAAUUUAAACUCAUACAAGGUGAAAAUCUGUUUGUCACGUCCUGUUUAAUAGAACAGAGGUUCUUCCCCUCACUGACCUCUGAGGUGAAGCCUCCUGAUUGUGUCCUUUAUCACCAGAGUAAAUAUUGUCUGAGUGACGUCACAGCUGCCAGCGUAUAAAACUUGGUGGCUCAGGCUGAGCAUCAGCAUCCAGCGGGCAGCCUGACAUCCGGAGCUCAGCCUCCUUUAGCCUCUCCAGCCUCCGUCACUACCUGAUCCGAGCCAUUCAGCACCAUGGUUAGCAGCAGGACGCUGCUCCUUGGCGCCUCCUGCUGGCUGCUGGUGGCUUUGGGAACCUGCGAAGAACAAGUGGAGGAGCGAUCGCUGGAGUACGACGCCAUCAAGACACAAGAGGAGAAGGAGCUGAUCGAAGCUCUGCAGGAAGUUCUGGAAAAACUGCGAAACAAACAGCUGCCGUCGUCAGAGAAAAAGCUUGGCUGGCUUCCACCUUGUGAUGCAGGUGAGCAGUGUGCGCUGCGUAAAGGUUCGAGGAUCGGGAAGCUGUGUGGAUGUCCCAGAGGAACUGGGUGCGACUUCAGCGUCCUAAAGUGUCUGUAG